ACGAGUCGAUGCAACGUUCAAACUUUCGGAAACCUGUAACAAUAAAGAAUUGGAAGUGCAAAAAAGCACCAAACUGGAAGCAUCUCCCGCGGCCGCGGUGGAGGAAAAGAAUAUCGUAAAAGAUCCAUUUCCGAAAGGAAUUACGGCCUGAGGUUAGGAUUCGGGUUUCUAAGCGAGUAAAGCUGAAAACCCUAAAAUUUAUCUUCCUUUUGUUAUCACAUAAGACUCGCAGUCUGUAAGAAUUGGAGGAAUUGAGAAAUUGAAGAUGGCUUCCGAGAAUACGCAAAUUUAUCAUGAGCGGCAAAGAUUACAGUUCUGCCUUUUACACUCGCUCAACAAUCUCUUUCAGCAAAAGGACGCGUUUACUCGAGCUAGCUUGAAUGAAAUUGCUGAGAAACUUGUUCUUGAUGAUCCGAACAAGGUGACCUGGACGCCAAUAUCCGCGCUCUUUAAGCCUCAUCAUAAUACCAUUACGGGAAACUAUGACAUAAAUGUCCUAAUUGCAGCCUUGGAAGGGAAAGGGAAGAGUGUAAUCUGGCAUGAUCGACGGAAUGGAGCGUCUAUGAUUAAUCUCGAUGCAUCCGAGGAAACUCUGAUGGGUAUUGUACUCAAUGUGUCGGUUAGAAAGUUUGGUGGGAUUUGGAAAGGUAGGCAUUGGGUUGCGUUGAAAAAGAUUAAUGGUGUUUGGUAUAAUUUGGACAGUGAUCUUGUUGCUCCUGAGACUUUUAAAGAUACUGAAGAAGUUAGGGGAUUCUUAGAUUACAUCAUUGAUAAUGGUGGGGAGGUUUUGCUUGUCAUGAAUGAGAAACAGUGAGCUUUGUUUGCUUGGUAUCAAAUUCUCUCAUAGAACUCCUGAAUGUUUGCAUAAGAUGUACAUGUACGAAACGAGACUUAGAGGCAAUUUAAAAACAAAUUUAGUUUCA